CGCUCUUCCUCCUCGGAACUCCGCCGCGAUGCCGCCCGAACGGAGGAACCGGAUGAAACCGGAUCGUCGGCCCGGAGCCGGCCAAGGGCGGAAGAAGCCGGAAGGACGAGAGGGGCCGCGUCGAAAGGCGGCGGCGCGCGCAUCCCAAUGGGAACGCCCGGCCCGGCCGAGCCUCCCCGCAGUGGACGAGGAGGAAGAGCGGCGGCUCCGGCAGCAGAACCGCCUGACGCUCGAGGAGGACAAGCCCGAGGUGGAGCGCUGCCUGGAGGAGCUGGUGUUCGGCGACGUCGAAGACGACCAGGACGCGCUGCUCAGGCGGCUGCGGGGCCCGCGGAUUCAAGUACGGGAAAACGCAGAUGACUCGGAAGUUGAAAAUGAAGCAACAGAUAAUUUUCCACCUCAGAAGAAGCCAGUUUGGGUGGAUGAGGAAGAUGAAGACGAGGAAAUGGUUGAGAUGAUGAACAACAGGUUUCGGAAAAACCUGAUGAAAAAUUCCAGUGAAAGUAAACUUUCAAAGGACAAACUUCAAAAGAGACUUAAAGAAGAAUUCCAGCAUGCUAUGGGGGGAGUACCUGCCUGGGCAGAGAAGAAUAAGCGGAAAAUGUCUUCAGAUGAUGAAAGUGAAGAGGAUGAAGAUGAUUUGUUGCAAAGGACUGGGAAUUUCAUAACUACAUCAGCUUCUCUUCCAAAAGGAAUCUUAAAGAUGAAGAAUUGCCAACCUGCUAAUGCUGAACGCCCUAGUUCUGCUCGGAUCUCUUCUGUGCAGUUCCAUCCAGGUGCACAGGUUGUGAUGGUUGCUGGACUAGAUAACGCUGUAUCCUUAUUUCAGGUUGAUGGGAAAACAAAUCCUAAAAUCCAGAGCAUCUAUUUGGAAAAGUUUCCAAUCUUUAAAGCUUGUUUUAGUGCUAAUGGAGAAGAGGUUUUGGCUACAAGUACCCACAGCAGGGUUCUUUAUGUCUAUGAUAUGCUGGCUGGAAAGUUAAUUCCUGUGCAUCAAGUGAGAGGUUUAAAAGAGAAGAUAAUAAAGAGUUUUGAAGUUGCACCCGAUGGGACCUUCUUACUCAUAAAUGGUGUUGCUGGAUAUUUACAUUUGCUAUCAAUGAAGACAAAAGAAUUGAUUGGUAGCAUGAAAAUCAAUGGGAGGAUUGCAGCAUCCACAUUUUCUUCAGAUAGUAAGAAAAUAUAUGCAUCUUCUGGGGAUGGGGAAGUUUACAUUUGGGAUGUGAACUCUAGAAAGUGCUUUAACAGAUUUGUUGAUGAGGGCAGCCUGUAUGGAUUGAGCAUUGCUACAUCUAGGAAUGGACAGUAUGUUGCUUGUGGUUCUAAUUGUGGAGUGGUAAACAUAUAUAAUCAAGAGUCUUGUCUACAAGAAACAAAUCCAAAGCCAAUAAAAGCUAUAAUGAAUUUGGUAACAGGUGUUACGUCUCUGACCUUUAAUCCUACUACAGAAAUCCUGGCAAUUGCUUCAGACAAAGUAAAAGAAGCAGUCAGAUUGGUUCACCUUCCUUCUUGUACCGUAUUUUCAAACUUUCCAGUUAUGAAAAAGAGUCAUAUUUCUCUUGUUCAUACCAUGGAUUUUUCUCCUAGAAGUGGAUAUUUUGCUAUGGGAAAUGAAAAGGGCAAGGCCUUGAUGUAUAGGUUGCACCAUUAUUCAGACUUCUAGAGAAAUUACUUGAAAUUCAGUUGAACCAUAUGAGUAGAGUACCCUGAUAAAUAUUAGAAAAUUUACAGGUUGUUUAAUAAUAAGAUUUAUUGAUUCUGCUGUGCUUAUUUAACAGAAUUGUUUUAAUAAAUACAACUUUUUUUUU